AUGACUAUUACUCUCGCAUUUAGUUUACUGGCUUAUCAUAAUGUUCGUCGAGUUAUUCGCCUACAAUUACUGGUAAUCCGUCAACGUCUAACUCGGCAAAUGGCAGUAAUGACUUUGGCACGUGUUCUGGUUCUUAUUGUAUGUGGCUUACCAUUUAUUUGUAGUUCACUUUGGGAACUUAAUAUAAAUACUCAUGAAGAUAAUUAUUUAGAAUUGGCAAUCUUUAGUUUAAUAUCGUCCAUACUUGAUUCAGUGUUUUAUGCUAAUUUUGCGAUCAAUUUCUAUGUGUUUUUGAUGGUAUCAUCACGUUUUCGUCGACAAGUUAAAAACGUUCUUCUGAGAAAAUGUUGGGCUUUAGUCAAAACUAGACGCCAUGAAACACCAUCAUAUAUGUAUUCUGUGGGCCUAGACAUUGGUACGACAUCAUGUAAAAUUUGUGUUGUUACAUCAUCAUCAUCAUCAUCAUCGUCAUCAAAUGAAAGCAAUCGUGUUGUUUUUACCGAACAAAUUACUCACAACGCUCAUAUUAUUCAAAAUGAAUUCACUUCAUUUGAUGAACAAUCUACAUCAAAAAUUCUUGAAACUGUUAAUAUACUUUUAGAAAAAUCGGGUAUUCUUAAUAAUGAUUUUCCAAUCAAAUCGAUUCAAAUUUGUGGUCAAAUGCAUGGUUUUAUGCUUUGGUCAUCAAAAUCAUCACGUACAAAAGUUUCUUCAUUGGUUACAUGGCAAGAUCAACGAUGUUCAACUGAAUUUUUUUCGACACUUGGAUCAUCUUUAGCACAUCUACGAACUGGUUAUGGUUUAGCUACCUUAUUAUGGUUAAUUAAUGAACAAAACGGGAAAGAAGAUAAAUUAAUGGAAUACGACCGAGCUGGUACGAUUGCUGAUUAUAUUGCUACCAUUCUUUGUGAAGAUUCAGAAAUGAAAUCACAAAUAUCAACUCAGAUGGCGACUAGUUGGGGUGCUUUAAAUUGUCAAUGGCCUAUUGAACAUCGGCUGUUACCAACCAUCGUUGAACCAGGCACUAUUAUUGGUUAUUGGAAGACGAAAGUUCCUGUUUAUGUUGCUCUUGGCGAUUUGCAAUGUUCUGUAUUUAGUUGUCAACCAGAUAAAAAUCAAUGCGUUAUGAAUAUUUCAACAUCAGCACAACUUGCUUUAACUGUCGAUAGAGAAGUAUCAACUGUAUCAAGUCCACAGAAUGAUAGUCUCUCAUCAGCAUCAGUAUCAUCAUCAAUGCGUGUUCCUUAUUUUGAUUCAAAAGAUUUAUUAGUUGCUGCUUCACUUAAUGGUGGUAAUAUUCUGUCUGCUUUUGUUCAGUUAAUUCAUUCGUGGCAUGUAUCUUUGUAUAAUGUUUCAUCAUUAUCACUGGAUAGCCUUUGGUCUCGAUUAAUUGAACUUGGUCUUCAUUCGUCAUCAACAAUUGAAAAUUUUUCGGCUGCUUUAUUUGGUGAACGACAUGAUCCAUCCAUGGCAGCGUCAAUAACAAAUAUUCGUUCAAUGAAUAUGGCUCAAUUGAAUGAUAUUGGUGUAGUAUUUCGUUCAAUGUGCCGAUGGAUAAUUAAAAAUUUAUUUGAAAUGUUAGGAAGAGAAUCCUUAACGAUGGAAUGUGUCAUCGGUACAGGUAGUGCUUUAAUGAGAAACGAUGUUUUACAACGAGAACUUAAAGAAAAAGUAAAGUGUCAAGUUAUAUUUGAAGAAAAUUCUGAUGCUGCUUAUGGUGCUGCUUUAUUUGCUUUGAUGCGAUAG